AUGAGCGCCGAUGCGCUGGGAAGCCCCGCGAUGGACCCUGCCUUCUCGAAACGGAACGCGGCACUGAGAUUAGUUGACUUGGCGGGGGCUCACCACCACCUCCACCAUCAUCAUCAUCAUCACCGCCACCCUGCCCCUCCGAGCGUGACAGGCUUCCCGGGGUUCGGCAGCCAUCCGCACUCAAUGGCUCACGUGCACCCCGGGGAGAUGACUGCGGAACCCCGCCUGGGGCCGAGUCCAUUCGGGCCAGAACACAUGGGGCACUCGGCGGCCCUCAAAAUCAGCCCAGCCCAUCAUUAUCCCCUGCACCAUCACCAGCAGCACCAGCCUCAGCACAAUCAUCACAUGGCAGGCCACAGUGAAGUGGUCUCCGGUCCGACGGGAGCUUUCGGGGCGACGCCGGUGCCCUACUCGGGUAUGACGCACCCGGCACAGGCUCUGACCGCAGGUAGGGACUUCCUCCGAGCCACGCCGGUUCUGGCCGACCACCACGCCGCCGCGGCUUCUUCUCACCGCGGAAUGUUUGUCCCAACAACAGGUAGCUACCCCGCGCACUACGGCCACGACGCCGGCAGCCAUGCGCUCUUCUCCGGGCUGCACCAGGAGCAAGCCCCCGGCGGCCAAAUCCGCUUGGGACUACCGGGGGACAUGUACGUGCGCUCGGAGCACUUGGCGGCGAGCGCCCGAGCCGACGCCUUCUACGGAGGGCUCAAUCUCAACCUGGGCGCGCACCCCGCCCACCACCACCACCAGCCCCACCCGCCCCACGGAACCGGCGCCUUCUUCCGCUACAUGCGGCAGCCCAUCAAGCAGGAGCUCAUCUGCAAGUGGCUGGAGCCCGGAGAGAAGCGCUGCGCCCGGACCUACAGCACCAUGCACGAGCUGGUCACGCACGUCACCGUGGAGCACGUCGGGGGGCCCGAGCAGGCCAACCACGUCUGCUUCUGGGAAGAGUGUCCGCGCGAGGGCAAGCCCUUCAAGGCCAAGUACAAGCUGGUCAAUCACAUCCGCGUGCACACGGGGGAGAAGCCCUUCCCGUGCCCCUUCCCCGGCUGCGGCAAAGUCUUCGCCCGCUCGGAAAACCUCAAAAUCCACAAAAGGACGCACACAGGCGAGAAGCCGUUCAAGUGCGAGUUCGCCGGCUGCGACCGCCGCUUCGCCAACAGCAGCGACAGGAAGAAGCACUCGCACGUGCACACGUCCGACAAGCCGUACUUGUGCAAAGUGCGCGGCUGCGACAAAUCCUACACGCACCCGAGCUCGCUGCGCAAACACAUGAAGGUGCACUGCAAGUCGCCGCCGCCGCCCAGCUCCGGCUACGACUCUUCCACGCCGUCCCUGGUGUCGCCGUCGUCGGAUCUUGGCCGCGAGGCCCCGCCUCGGCCGCCCCAGCCGGCGGGGGCCGGAGGAGGCCCCCCCCGCGCCGGCUCCUCCGCCAACCUGAGCGAGUGGUACGUGUGCCACAGCUCCGGGGCCAGCGGCGCCCACAGCGGACCCUCCACGCCGGACUCGGCCACCGAGGACGAGCCACCGUAUAGGAACCGAGACCCGAGGGAUAACUUCUAG